AUGGCCACGGUAAUUCCUGGGGAUUUAGACAGAGUCAAGGAUACCCAGAAGGCCCCGGCGGCGGCCGCGGUGGUGGCGGGGAGGCGCAAGCGUGGCGAAGGCAAGCCUGGGAAGAACUUCCCCUGCCACCUGUGCGAGAAGGCCUUCAACAGCGUGGAAAAGCUGAAGGUGCACUCCUACUCGCACACCGGGGAGCGGCCCUACCGCUGCUCGCACCAAGACUGCCCCAAGGCCUUUGUUUCUAAGUACAAGCUGCUAAGGCAUAUGGCUACUCAUUCUCCCGAGAAAACCCACAAGUGUAACUAUUGUGAGAAAAUGUUUCACCGCAAGGAUCACCUGAAGAAUCACCUGCACACGCACGACCCCAACAAGGAGGCGUUCUCCUGCGAGGAGUGCGGCAAGAGCUACAACACCAAGCUGGGCUUCAAGCGCCACCUGGCCCUGCACGCUGCCAACAGCGGCGACCUCACCUGCAAGGUGUGCCUGCAGACGUUCUCCAGCACAGGCGUCCUGCUGGAGCACCUGAAGGCCCACGCCGGCAAGUCGUCAGGCGGGACCAAAGAGAAGAAGCACCAGUGCGAGCACUGCGACCGCCGCUUCUACACGCGCAAGGACGUGCGGCGCCACAUGGUGGUGCACACAGGCCGCAAGGACUUCCUGUGCCAGUACUGCGCGCAGCGCUUCGGCCGCAAAGAUCACCUGACCCGUCACGUGAAGAAGAGCCACACGCAGGAGCUGCUCAGGGUGAAGUCGGAGCCCGUGGACCUCCUGGACCCGUUCUCCUGCGGCUUCCUGCCACCGGUCAAGGACGAGCUGCACGCGGUGCUGUCCGGAGAGCUCGCGCCCAAGUCGUUCGGCGGGGGACUGCAGCUCGGCGCCUACGGCCCGACGGGCGCCGAAGGCUCCCUGCUACAGAUGGGGUCCGCGGCCCUGGCCCUAGGGCUGACAUGCCCGCUGGAUGAUGAAUCCCCUGUCCACCCUUCCCACCAGCACUCGCUGAAGUAUCCACUCAGUUCUACCUCAUACCCGGCGCCCGCGCCGGGAAAGGAACAGCCUCUGAAGGGAGAAAUAGAGACCUACCUUAUGGAACUGCAGAGCAACCUGCCGCCGUCGGCCGAAGACAGCCAGCCUUCCGCUUCCAAGCUGGACCUGGGUGCCCAGGUGGGGGCGCUGGACGAGACGGCGGAGGACGUCUCUCUGUCGAAGCUGUCGGCCGUGGCCCCCGCCGGCGACUCGUUGCCCUCCUCCUCCUCCUCCCUGGACUUCUCCCAGCUGUUCAACUUCCUUCCUCUGAACGGACCCCCCUAUGGCCAUUCGGGCCACGGCGUGGGGCUGGGCCUCAGCUAUGCCCAGGAGGAGGCGCUCUCGCUCCCCCAGCUGGCCCCGCAGCCCCAGGAGCCCCCGGACCCCCGCAGCGGUGUCGGCUCCACCCUCCUCGGGCUGUCGUCCUCUUUUGCGUCCAGCCUGAACUCCACGCCCACCACCACCACCACCACCACCACGCUGCCCCGUUUCCACCAGGCCUUUCAGUGA